CUGUCUACAUGUGUUGCUGCACCAUUUGUCUUCAGAUAUCCGUUGCUUAAAGGGUAACAACACCACCACAUAGAUGCUAAUUGUUAGCCCGCGUGCCUAUGGAAUUUCACAUUGGAUGUUAGCAUUAAGGUAGGGAAAGCUAUGUGGUUGUUUUAAAUACACAAGGUGUAAUUGUCUUUGUUUUAUGUUUCGUUUGACAGUGACCGUCAACGUCCACACACAAUGACUCAAACUCAAAUUCUUUGCAAAUGAUCGUCACCCAUCCAUCUAGUAUACAUGCUGAGAAUUGAGUCGAAAUCGGACAAACUCUCGAGGAAAAGUUUGUCUUAGAACAACCACAAGAAAGGGCCCGAAUGACCCGAAAUGGCCCCCCACAAACCAAAACGGAAGACAGCCUUUGUCUUUUCUUAGAUGUUGUUGUUGUUGUUGUACGUCGACUCAUGACAGAUGUGCCUACUGAAUUUCAUGGGUGAAACUGUCUUGUGGGGCUUAACUUUAAAGUGGUAUUAAAUAUAUUAGUUUUGUGUUUUCCCCUCCGAGCCAACAGCCUUCGCAUCCAUGCUCCGCACACACGCCAUAAAAAAGACUCAAAUCCUUCGCAAGUUAGCGUCGACCACCUGUCACCCAUUUGUGGUUCCUUUUUGGUAACAACAAUCUCUCGGCCAAGUUUGUCUUCGAAGGCCUGCUUCAAACCAAAAUGGAAGUCUUCCUGUGUCUUUCCAGCCAAAUUGUCAACGCGGUGUUCACGGCCCUCGUGGUGGUCCCUCAGCUUUACGUCAUGGCGAGGCCCACAUCGGCGAGAUACUGCAAGCAGCCCUUACUGAACAGCCUGACUGCCUCCAUCGCCCUGUCCCUCUUCGCCUCAGGUUUUUCGGUGGUCUUCACGCUCAUCGAUCCAGUCCCUCAGGGCUUGUGGGCGUCCUGUCAUGUGUUUGGACUGCUGUCGUUCGGGCACGGGGUGUGCUGCGCCAUCAUGACGCUCGCUGCGGCUGCAUGCGCCAAAACCACACCUGAGCUGUACCACAUGUCUCUUUUUCUCACGGUGGCAUCCAUUUUGAGCACAGGUAAAAAUCGGUAUGCUGGCGGUCAAAGGCGGACUGUGGCUGACAAAAAGGCGGUGACAAUGAGCAAUGAAACCAGUCCAGCUGUCUCACAUGGACAUCGGAUAGCGCUCAUAUUAACAAUUCAUGCGGUUUCCAUGCCGCCGGCGAGCCGGUAACUCAAAACCAUGGGAAUGAAAGAAGAGAAAG